AUGACAGAGACCGGAAUGACCCGUUUGUCGUGCAGCGCCCUCGCGCAGUCGCCAGUGAACAUUGAGACGAGCCGCCUCCGGGUGUUACUGAAGAAGGAUAGCUGUCCAAGGAUAUUCUACAGCAAUAAUAUGAUCCGGGGGUCCUUUAUAAACAACGGCCACACAGCUCAGUUUCGUAUCAAUCGAGGCGAGAUUGAGGCGUCAAACCUUCCGAACAGGCCCGGCCGGUACCUCGCGCACGACUUUCACGUGCACUAUGGUGGAAGCCUCCUCAGCCAGGCCAUCCACUUUGUGUUGUUUAACAGCAAGUAUGGCACACUAGAGAAUGCAGAGAACAAACCAGACGGCGUUGCAGUAUUGGCAUUUUUCGUCACGAGAGUACCAGAAAACUCGUUUGAGGGAAUGAAGGCGAGGGGUUUCUCCCAGAUCUGGUUGACCGCCCUGCCGAGAAUCAGGGCUAUAAACAGCACCGUUAACGCUCGAAUAAACCUAAAGACGUUCUUCGACCGGAAGUGCGAGUUCUUCACGCUUCCAGUCUGUGCAUGGUCAGAAUUGCAGGCGCUUGAGUCCACCGGAGACUUCGACGCUCGCUAUGGAAAUUACCGCGUCUCGCAGCCGCUAAACGACCGCAUAGUGGAGGCAAACUUCCUGCCUCUCGGUAACACUCCAAACCGACGGAGGCGCAAGUUGAGUCAUACACUGGAAGGCGAGGGGGACAAGGGGAACUCCUUGAACAGACCGUCUCGCUGGUGGAAUGGACCGUCAAAACGUCUGUUCCCGUUCCAUUGA